AUGUCUGAUAGAAACAUUGUGAUCAAAAAGGCUGACAUGCCGGAGGAAAUGCAGCAGGACGCUGUGGAGUGUGCUACACAGGCUCUGGAGAGGUCCAAGAUCGAGAAAGACAUUGCUGCAUACAUUAAAAAGGAGUUUGAAGAGAAAUACAACCCAAAUUGGCACUGCUUCGUUGGGAGGAAAUUUGGCGCCUUCGUGUCUCAUCAGCAUUUCAUUUACUUCCAUUUGGGUCAGGUGGCCAUUCUGCUGUUUAAGUCUGGCUGAGGGGGCACUGCCUCAACCCUCCUUGACCACACUGACUGACUUGGAAAAGGUUCUUAUCAUUCCUCGCCAAAGGGCCAUUGCCUUUUUUCUGUUCUGCUUUAUAUAUUGUUUUUGAGGA